AUGCCUCGCCACGGCCAUGCGCUGCUCGCCGCGCUCCUCGCGUCCGCGGUCGCCGCGGCGAGCGCGCAGCCGAGCUACGGUGACUACGGCCAGCCGGUUCACGUCAGCACGGCCAUGAUCGCGCUCCUGGCCGCCGUCAUCGCGGUGUUCGUCUUCAUCGCCUUCUUCACCGUCUACCUCCGCCACUGCACCGGCUACGCGGCCAGGUCGGACGACGACGACCGCGCCAUGCCCAAUUUCGACGCCCUCAUCUCGCGGUCACGGAGGCAGCGGCGGCCGCGCGGGCUCGACGCCGAGGUGGUCGAGGCUUUCCCCACCAUGAAGUACGCCGAGGCCAAGGCGCUGCGGGUCGGCAAGCAGGGCGGCGCGCUCGAGUGCGCGGUGUGCCUCAGCGAGUUCGAGGACGAGGAGCGGCUCAGGCUCCUGCCCAAGUGCAGCCACGCCUUCCACCCGGACUGCAUCGGCGAGUGGCUCGCCAGCCACGUCACCUGCCCCGUCUGCCGCUGCAACCUCGACCCUAACAAGCAGGAUACCAGUAGCGAUGAGGAGCCCGCCAGUUUCCCAUCGAUUCCAGUAGCGAGCAGCAUCUCCAGUGAGAUUGCGGUGUCUGGGCAAGGACCGCUACCAGUGGCCGUGGUGAUCGAUGUGAUCACCGCGGAGGAGGAAGAGGUGCGGAUGUAG